AUGGGGUUCAGUACUGUGACCGAAUUUGACCAGGCUUACCAAAGUGUCCAAAAUUCAUUUGCGGCCGGAACUACUAAAAGCAAGGAAUGGAGGCGCCGUCAAUUAAAACGCGCCUGGUGGAUGGUCGAGGACAACAAAAAGCGCAUAUGCGACGCCCUCUACGCUGAUCUUCACAAGCAUUACCAAGAAGCCUACGCUGGCGAUUGCAGUAAUGUUCAAGGGGAUAUCUUACGCACACUUGAGAAAUUGGAUGAGUGGACUAAAGACGAGAGACCCUCAAGGUUCGAUCCGCUGAAUUUCGUGGGUAGAGCUACUGUUCGCAAGGAACCCCUCGGUGUUACUCUCAUCAUCGGCGCCUGGAAUUACCCUUUUUCUCUCAGCAUACUGCCAAUGAUAGCUGCGAUCGCUGCUGGAUGUGCCGUGAUUCUCAAACCCUCGGAUAUGGCUAGUGCUUGUCAAGAUUUACUAAUGGAGAUAUUUCCCAAAUAUUUGGACAACGACGCUAUUCGAUGUAUUUCUGCAGGGCCUCAAGAAAUGGGAUACAUUCUUGAACACCGCUUCGAUCACAUCUUCUACACCGGAUCCCCAAACGUUGCAAAAAUUAUUCAUGCAGCAGCGGCAAAGCAUCUCACGCCGGUCACUCUUGAACUAGGCGGCCAGUGUCCAGCCAUCGUCGCAGAGUCGGCAAAUCUCGAUCUCACUGCGAAACAUAUCGCUGCUACCAAAUUCAUGAAUGCCGGACAGAUCUGCUUGAAUGUGAAUCAUGUACUCGUGCACCCUGCCCUACGAGAGCGCCUUGUGAUUGAGUUGAGUCGACACUUUGAUACAUUCCUCGGAGGCAGAGAUAUCCAACCUGACUAUUCCACACACAUCAUCAAUGAGCGGAACUUCGACCGUCUUGACAGUCUACUCCAGCGCACAUCCGGGAAAAUUGUGUAUGGAGGCCAGCGCGAUCGUCAGAGCCGGUACUUUGCAACAACGAUCGUGACUGGAGUCAAGCCCGGUGACUCCCUUCUCUCGGAAGAGCUAUUCGGACCCAUUCUCCCCAUCGUGGAUGCAGAUUUCGACACAGCCAUCUCCUUCACUCGCAGCGGCGAGCACCCGCUCGCAAUCUACGCAUUUACCAGCGAAGAAACAGACAAGGCUCGCAUUUUGAACGAAACACAGUCCGGAGGCGUGACCUUUAACGACUGCGGUCUCCAUAUUGCCGCCUGCGACGUGCCUUUCGGGGGAGUUGGAAAUUCCGGGCAAGGUCGUUAUCACGGCCCGCAUGGCAUUUUGACAUUCUCUCAUCUCCGUACCCACAUCAACGCCUUGCCUGCUUGGAUGGAACCCCUUAUAAGUGGACGAUACCCCCCAUACUCAGUCGCAAAGGCCCAUAAGAUGAAUCCGCCUGUUUCCCCACCGUUUGACCGAGAUGGCAAUGAUAAAACUUCCGCUCGUUCCAAGUGGACAUUUGGAUUUGGUGUCCUUGCUCUAUCCGCUUUGUUGGUGAAUCGACAGGAUCAGAUUAUUGCUCUAGGUUCGAAGUUGCUUCAGUAG